AGGCGACAAGCACAUCAGUUGUGACAGCAGUGAGCCCAGUCCACUUGCAGUGUCCAGUUCAGUCUAUCCAGUUCAGGCUUCGAAUAAUGCUUGUAGUAUACCUGAUUUCAAUCUUGGUCAUACUCCAGGAAGCCCACUCUAUAGAUCGGUAUGUCCUACCAAGGGAAAGAUUUUAUCAUAAAAUGCGAUGGCGUAAAGCUAUAAAUCCAUGGAUAGUACCUAUAUACGCAGGGCCCACCGGCUAUUAUCGCCCCUUUGAUAAUGUUGGACUUUUUAUAAUUAAUAUAAGAUAUUAUAUGGGUUCUCAUAGGGACCAGACGUAUAUAACCACAGGAGCUUUCAUUAGCUCAACUCGUAUCGUCACUGCAUUUAAUCCGUUUAAAAAAUUUUUACUAGAUCGGAACGUUGUAAGUAGGACUUUAGUACUUUCUGUGCAUUAUUUUCAUCACAAAGAAAGAUACGGAGAUUCUUUAGUCGCACCACGGGCCGAAACGAUUCAAUGUGGACGUGAGAUAUUACCAUUACCUGAUGAUGCUGAUGUGUUUUAUGUAGACAAAGAGAAAACUAUUUCCCCACUUCACGAUAUAAUGGUGUUUAGACUACAAUAUCCCCUGGCAUACAUGCCGUGGUCUUUCAAUAAUUCAUUCUUCGAUUUCGAUAUGUAUUGGCUGACUUAUAAGUCAAAUAGGCCAUGUGCCGUGGUGGCUGGGCCCUACGAUGAUGAGAUGCGUCGAGAUUUUCCUGUAUUUUUCAUUGUUGGUUUAGGUUUUAUAAAUUCAACAGAAAUUAAGUUUAACAAUAAAAUGCACUUUGUUGAACUUUUUAUUAAUCCUGUUGACUUCUUGGACUGCAAUAAUUGGAUACCUCGAGAGUGGGGCUACUUCAUAUGCAUCCGAAAUUUUAUAGGCCUCGAGGCUCUGCCAUCUGGUUCUUUGUUAUUAUCAGAACUUCACCUGUACGGUGUAGGCAGUUUCAUGUUGACUAGAAAUCGGGAAGAAAUUUUAGUUUUCACUGACUUGAGGCCGUAUAGGAGCCGAAUAAUGCGUGCUUGUACUGUAUUUGAGUUCAAACCUAAGCUAAAUCCUAAAAUUUGGUGGUAACCUGAAGUAAUUUCAGAUGAUAAGUACCGCCCACCGUAAUAAUAUCAUACGAUGUGACUCCAAUAUUGUGCAUUACGUUACUUACGCCUGAAUACUGAAAUGCUACUCAAUUUUAAGUCGUACUUAAAUAUCGUGCUAUCUCUGUCAUUUUAUAAAGAAUUGAUUGUGACACAACUAGACU